CCUGUCACUCAAGCACACGCGGCGACACAACUUCCACCCUCGGCGUUGUGUUUGCACUGCGUCCUCUGCGUUCCCGGCACCCGGCUGGCUCUCUGCUCCCUCGGCCCCCGAGAACACGGCCCCCGUCUCAAAGAGCCCGAGUCACCUGCAGCUCUGUAACGAUUCCUGCGGAUUUUAUUCUUUCAACUUGUUGAAAACCCAUUGAUGGUUUUUGCUUCUUCGGUGGCAGUAACGCGGUGGAGACAAUCACCCGGUGCGGAUUGGUUCUUCUGAAGAGGUCCUCAGUGGUGUCUUCCAAAAUGGCUCCUCUGAAGAUCUGGUUAGUGGGGCUGCUGCUGGUGCUCCUGCUCUCUGGAGGAGGUGCUCAGGACAAAGGCCUCCAUGCUGAAGGUGUUGUGGAGGUUGUGGUUGAAGAGGGCGAAACCACUGAUGGUGAUGGGGGCGAGGAAGAGGAACGGGUAGCAGAGGAGGAAGAUGAUGAAGAGUCAGAUGGGGAGGAGGACGACGAGGACGACGAGGAAGUGGAGGCUGCUGAGCAGGACGAAGAGGAGGAGACUGCUCCAGAGGAAAUGGAGGAGGAGGAAGAGGCUGUUGAGGAAGAGGGUGAAGCUGCAGAUGAGGAAGAGGCUGAAGAAGAGGAAGGCGAUGAAGAAGGCGAGAAUGCUGCAGAUGAGGAAGAGGAGAUAGACACUGAAGAAGAGGAAGACGAUGAAGAAGAGAAGGCUGCAGAUGAGGAAGAGGAGAUAGACACUGAAGAAGAGGAAGACGAUGAAGAUGAGGAUGCUGGAGAUGAGGCAGAGAAGGAGGAUGCUGAAGAAGAGGAAGAUGAGGAAAAGGUCGAGGAUAUUGCAGAAGAGGAGGAUACUGAAGAAGAGGAAGACAACGAAGAGGUUGAGGAGGCUGCGGAUGAGGAAGAGGAGGAUGACGCUGAAGAAGAACAGGCCGAUGAAGCAGCAGCUGAGGAGGAAGAGGAGGCUUCUGAAGAUGAUGAGGCAACUGACGGAGUUGAGCUAGCCGACCAAGAGGAGGCCAAUGAUGAAAAGGAGGAAGAAGACGAUGAAGAGGAUGAGGAGGACAAUGAUGAAAAGGAAGGCGAGGAAGAUGACGAUGAGGCAGAAGACGGUGGCGACGUGGAGGACUCAAGCGAAGAGGAGCCCGCUACAGACGCUCUGCAAUUCCGCUCUGGCUCUUUGUGUGGUGUUUGCUCCAUCUGUGAGCUCUGCUCUCGUAACUGUGACGCAUGUCCUUGUGAAGAGGGGGACGAGUCGGACCACUGUGACCACUGCCAAGAAUGCUCAUCAUGCUUCAUUUGCCCAGUGUUGUGUGACACAAUUUGCACAGCAGGUGGCCUUGUUGAUGAGCUAACUGGGAGCCUCUACCAGACUGUGGCCUCUCUGCUCUGAGCGUCCCGUAGACUGCGCCCUUUGGAGCCCCCCUGUGGCCGCGUGAGGUACUGCGCGGUGAAAUAGCGCCGUCACGCGCAACACACGCGCGCUCCCGCAAGGGCCCGUCAUGGAUGUGACGUCUGACAGAAACGCACAAAAGGUUAGGUUAGGUCAGGUUUUAACUCGUGUUUAGAUUUUUAACGUAUCUUGUAACAGGAGCGGAAAAGUCUAUUCGCUUUUCCUUUAUUUAAUUAUAAUAACUGGCCAAGGCCAUUUGUAAUUUGUUAAGAUUCUUUUUUUUUUGUUUUUCGUGUAACUCAGCCCACUGAUUCUUUUAAAGAUUUAACACAAUAACACUUUGUUCAAUGUCCCCAAAUCUCAUCUGGUGAUGCUGCAGCCAACAUAAGAUCAGGUUAUCUCUGUCAUGAAUUCGCUUCCAACGAACUGCUUUUGCUAAGUUUACUUUUAGUUUUCUAUUUCACAUUGCUUACUGACUUCUACAGUAAUACUAUAUUUAUUUGUGUGCAUUUGCUCAUGAUUGGAGUUCAUUAAACAGCAGUUGAAAUAACAAUGAUUUGGUAAAUAUUCCAGUAGAACAUGACAGUUUUAACUGUGCAUAUAAAGUUUUACGCUUCACUCUGGGAUUUACAUUUCGUAAAGUCAGAAUAACUCAUGAUAAUAUCAUUAUAAAAUGGGGUUUAGACUCGUAGUCCCUAGUAUGAAUACUUACUAUGAAUACAUUUUAGAAUAGUAAAAUGAAGUAACAUGUAUCACUGUUUCUUGAAUAAAUCAUUUCUGUUCCCAUUUA